AAAGAUCAAGUGCAAGAGCACUCACAAUCUAAAGCACUUGUGCCUCUUCACUGUUGGGACAAAAUGAUACCUAUCAUCAUCCAAGUAAUACUAUGCAACUGGUACAUUAGUACCUUCAUCACAUUCACAGUUACACAUAUGGGUACAAAGCACAAAAUGGUCUUUGAAGCAUCCUGUCAAAACACAACCAUCAUUGACGCCUUAAAGAAACUCUCAUACGAUUUGCCCCACGGGAUCGAACAAGACGUAAUAGUGGUCAGUGAACACACUGAACUUUCAGUUGAUUUCCUAACAACAGAGAAAUCGUUUGAGAUCAUCGAAGGAUACAGAAGAGAAAUCGUAAAGCAAGCGCUAGAAGCUGUGUCAAACCAAGGAUACCGUCUGGUGUCACGACCUGAACCUCAGGAGGUCAUCUAUCUUUCCAAGUGGCAGCAGAGGUUUGCACUGGUAAAUCCCAUCCAUCACAAACAAUGUCUGAACUUAACCACAAAAAUGAGAACAUUCUUUAGACUUGGCAAUAUUGCGUUGAGGAAAUGGAAUUCAUUGUAAAAGCAGAAAAAAUAAAACCCAUUGUGUCCCUGAUCAGCUUGUAUUACGAAUAGUGUUAGAAUAUCUGGCCGUCUGGCCCUAACGAUACUAUUGUGGAUAUUAUUACCAUUGAUUAAUGAUAUUAAAUAAAAAAAACUGUUAAAA